UUUUCUUGGAAUCCAAGCAUAGCCUAUUGAGGGAAUACUUUGGCAUUUCUAUAAAUAGGCUAUUAAGUCUAAGCAUAUCAAGCAAUGAACAACUAGAAUAACAUUUUGCUCAGACUUUAUCCAUCACUUCUCAUCGUCGAACAUGGCAGACACCUACACAAAUUCUGCAUCAAAGAGAUUGGCAGUUGUUACUGGAGCUAAUAAGGGGAUUGGAUUGGAGAUAUGUCACCAGUUGGCCUCCAAUGGUGUAGCUGUGGUUUUGACAGCCAGAGAUAAGAACAGAGGUGUUGAAGCUGUUAAGAAGCUCAAAGGGUAUGGACUAUCUGAUGUAUUUUUUCAUCAGCUGGAUGUGAAGGACCCUGCUAGUAUUGCUUCCCUAGCUCUUUUCAUCAAAACCCAGUUCGGAAAGCUUGAUAUCUUGGUGAACAAUGCAGCUGUCUCUGGAGUCAUAGUUGAUGAUGAUGCUGGUCUCGAAGCCAUAAUGGCAGUGGAUGAAUCUCAAGAAGUUAGGGCAGCUAAAUUUGAGCAACUGGCAAGGCAAACUUGUGAGACAGGAGAAGAAUGUCUACAAGCAAACUACUAUGGCACCAAAAAAGUGACUGAAGCACUUCUUCCUCUCCUUCAGUUAUCAGAUUCGCCAAGAAUUGUGAAUGUUUCUUCUUCUUUAGGGAAGCUACAGAACAUCUCAGUCACCUGGGCUAAGGAAGUGCUAAGUGAUAUUGAUGGCCUCACAGAAGAGAGAGUGGAUGAGGCAGUGAACAAGUAUCUUAAGGAAUUCAAGGAGGGCUUAAUAGAAACUAAAGGCUGGCCUGCAUAUAGUAUGUCCAAAGCAUUUUUGAAUGCCUACACAAGGAUUCUAUCCAAAAAGUUUCCCAAAUUCCAGAUAAAUUGCGUCUGCCCAGGUUACGUCAAAUCUGAUUUUAACCUCAACACAGGGAAAUUUACUGUUGAAGAAGGUGCAGCAGGUCCUGUAAAGUUGGCUUUGUUGCCUGAUGAUGGCCCUUCUGGGCUAUUCUUUUUCCAGAAGGAAGUGGCUUCCUUUGAUUGAAUAUUGUUCAAGAUUUCCAUUUUCUUGUUGGGGGGUUGGGGAAGAAGAUCAUCUUAUUUUGGUUGAAUGUUGUUCAAGAUCUUCUUCCUGAGAGAGAAUAAAGCUGGAAUUACCUUGUUUCCAUACAAAGUUCUUUACUUACUAUGUAUUACACAUUUGUCCAGUGAUGGAAUAAAGACUCUUACAAUUGGUACUGAACCAAA